GGCUUUCCCACCAUAUCGCCCUUUGACGCACAAAGCUGCAGACUUUUUGAGUCUCAAUUUAUAUAGCGAAAGCAGGACGUUUGGAGAAAGCUGUGCACAGCUUCCAUACUUACAAUAUGGCGGCCCUCGCUCCGGCUCAAGAGGGCUCAAUACAAACGCCAUUCCUUCCAGAGCUAGCAGCAGUGUCCAGUCAAGGACGCCACCAAAAUGCGGUCAAUGAAACUUGGCACCCGUCGGAGUCCGAGGAGGAACAGCGACAGAGAACGGUCGCAUCGGUGAGGAAGAAGGCAUCCACUUUACGAGAGCUUAUCGAAUCGUCCCGGAACGCACGCAACUAUUCUACCACCGCUGCACUACCACCCGGCCUCGCGAGCCAAAUUAAGGUCCACCCACCCUCCCCUCGAAAGAAACGAGGGCAUCAUGUCCACCAUGUGGUCGUGGAAGAUCCAGCAAUGAGAUUGGAGAAGGCUCGAAUGGGGUACUCGAACGUCAAAGCGUUUGUGGACCUCGGCGGUUUCCACGAAGCGAGGGUGGAUCGGCGGGAAGCGUCACUCACGCAGGAGGGCGCUGUCUCACUGGGCAGCGUGGAAAUGGAUGGGCAUAAUGCGGAUCCGGGACGCGGAACGGACUUUCGAGAGAAGCUGGUAGAUUUUCUGAUAGAUCAACAAAACGCAAAAGCGCAAAAUGGGACAGAUGAAACGGCAGAAAUGCUAAUCCUGAACAUGGCGAGCAACUACAAGCCCGAUGUCAAGACACUGCCACCCAGCCGGAAGUUUGCGUCGGAAGAAGGCGAGCUGGAGAUGGUGGAGGCCUUUUACAACUACUUCGAUCGAAUCAUUCGGUCACAUACGGACAGUGACCUAAGCCGUGACUGGGUGACACAUAUAAUGGAUAGCAUCCCGGCAUUUUUAGUGGAGCGCUACCCCGGCAUGACAGCCGACCUGCUGGAGGAUGUGCGGCAGUCAUACAGUGAGAGCGGGAAGCAAUCAGCAGUGGAUCACAUUCUAAAACGAGGCACUAAGACGCUGGAAGACCCAGAGGUCCGCAAACAUCCAGCAUUCGCACAGGAACAGAUCGUAUUCCCGUCUCCGUGGCGCGAAACUUUCUUGGAGAAUAAAGCCAAGCUUGCAAAAAUCCUACACAUCACCCACCCGCUGAUGGUCAAGAUGCUGGAGCUGUGGUUGCAGUAUGACAAGCUGCGGUUCGUCGAUAUCGCAGAGGUCAACAUCCAGGCUGAGCCGUUCAGGAUAUCGGGAUUCCGCAGCCUUGUGCUCGUGAACGCUGAAAAGUGCAGGGAACGACUACUCAACGGGUGGUACAUUACCAUCCUACGAGAUUUCGUCGACACGUUCAUAAAAAGCGAUCGGAGAAGAGCAGCCGUCGCAAAGCCGCCAGAUAGCUUCUUCCGGUCGGCUGAGAUUAUGGUCUAUAAAGAAGUGCGGUCUACCAUCGCGCAGUCUUUGGAAGACUAUCUAUCGCUCUUCCAAGGCCCGCCACCAGCAACCGCGUUGACCAAUCCUGCGCUUUCUCUCGGAAAGCACGGUCCUCGCUUCUUGAUGCGAUUAUGGCUCAACACCGUGAACGCUAUCGAGUUUGACCCGCCCUUCGCUGACAUCUCCGAAGCUAUCGUCGAGGCACUGAAUUACGUCGUAAGAACCGUAGAGUCGAUGCCGCGGAUAGGUAAAAUGGUCUUCGGACCUAUCGGCGAAAAAAUCUUGGAUGGCACUCUCACAGCGGGAACAGACUUGCUCAAACUUAUGGCGAUGGAUGGCUCGGAUGAGAUUAGAAUUGCUUUGGAAGAGGGAGUGGUGGACCACGCCACCAAGAAGGUGGAGAAAUACGCUGCUGAAUGCUACGCGGUCGUAGAGGAGGUCGUCAAGAAGUAUGACAUUUACGAGCACAUCUACACGCACAAGGUCGACGCCGAAGUUGAUGAGUUUAUAGCUGGGCAGCACACCUUUGAGGAGUUCGCAGUGGAGAUAGAAAAGUACCGGGCGCUGGCGUCUUCGAUACUUUCGAUCGCACGACGAGUGGAAUUGCCGAUGAUCGAGCUGAAUUGUGAUGAAUUGCACAAAAGCUUGGCAUCUCGUGUAGUUGCAAUAUCGAAUAAGUUCCUAAAGGAGAUUACGCGCCAGAUUGCGGAGCAUCAGAGAAGUAUUUGCGCCCGAUACCAGGAGAUCGAGAACCACGCGUUGAGAGUGCCAGAAAACUUCAAGGAGAUGGCCGAUCAGAUGGAGUACAUGGAGCUGGUUCGCAACGAACACCUACCCGCGCUACUGACGGAGCUCGAGGAAGCACGCUCGCGGCUUAUGUACAUUAUGAACUUCUCGGCCCUGGACCCUGAACAAAUGAAGCUCAACAAUGUCACAUUCACAUGGCCACAGCGAAUCAUCCCUAUCCUUGAGCGACACGCUCAGAUCAUAGGGGCUGCUCGAGAAAAGAACGAAGCUAAUCUCAAGGAGAGGCGCACAAAGUUCGAGGCAGAGCUUGAUGAGUUCCAGAAACAGGUGGAGGAGCUCAAGGAGGUUGGGGAUCUGGACGAAAUGCCAUUCUACGUCAAGAAGGUGCAGACCCUCGCGAAGCAGCUCCAAUCGGCUGCUGACACCAUUGCCACUUUCAACAAAGAGGAGCAGCUCUUCGGAUGGAGUGUUACGGUUUACCCCCAGCGGAAGAAGAUUAUGCAGCUCCUGGAGCCAUAUCAAGCUCUCUAUACAACUGCGGUAAAUUUCCAAAAGUCGUACAAGCGAUGGAUGGACGGCAACCUGCUCGAACUGGAUGCCGAGCAAAUUGAAGGCGAGGUGGACGGUCUGAAGCGCGAGAUCUACCGUCUCCUCGGUGGGCUCGUUCAAGACGCAGCGCCGCAGAAUAUUGCCAAGCAAGUGCGGGAGAAGAUUGAUGAGUUCAUGGUCAACUUGCCGCUGAUCCAUGUCCUGUGCAAUCCGGGGAUGAGAGAUCGUCAUUGGGCGCAGAUGAGCGUGGCGGCCAACCAGGAGAUCAAGCCUGAUGGCACUACCAGUCUGCGGAAGAUGUUGAAACUGAACUUGGAGCCCUUUUUGGAGCCGUUCCAGGAGAUUAGCGACGCCGCAUCGAAGGAAUACACUCUCGAAAAGAACAUGACAAAGAUGUUCACCGAGUGGGAACCUCUGCUCUUCAACCUCCUUCCUUACCGCGAGUCGGGCACAUUCAUUUUGGCAGGCGUCGACGAACCUCAGCAGCUGUUGGACGAUCAAAUUGUAAAGACCCAAUCCAUGCGCGGAUCGCCAUACAUCAAGCCUUUCGAGCAGCAGAUUAAGGAUUGGGAGCGGCGUCUUCUGCACACACAGGAGAUCAUUGACGAAUGGCUCAAGGUGCAAGCGACGUGGUUGUAUUUGGAGCCCAUUUUUAGUAGCGAGGAUAUCAUGAACCAGAUGCCGGAGGAAGGCAGAAAGUUCAAGGCUGUGGAUGAGACUUGGAGGAAGCUGAUGUCGGUCGUGAACGAGGACCGACAUAUUUUGAAAGUGACCGAAAUCGGACAAAUCCUGGAAGAUCUCCAGCGCAACAACGUUCUUUUAGAAGCCAUUCUCAAGGGUCUGAACAAUUAUCUCGAGAUCAAGAGGUUGUUCUUCCCUCGAUUCUUCUUCUUAUCCAACGAUGAGAUGCUCGAAAUUCUCAGUGAAACGAAAGACCCGACUCGCGUGCAACCACAUCUGAAGAAAUGCUUUGAAGGCGUUGCUCAGUUAGAGUUCGAUAGUAAGAUGGACAUUCUCGCUCUUUGCUCGAGUGAGAAGGAGCGGCUUGAGCUGGUGGAGAAGGUAUCCACCGCAGAUGCGAAGGGGAGUGUCGAGAGAUGGCUCUCAAAUGUCGAAAAAGCCAUGUUACAGAGCGUCCGAUAUCAGAUCGAGGAGGCGUACUAUGACUAUCAAAAGCGGCCGCGAGAGCAAUGGGUGCUGGACUGGCCUGGACAAGUGGUGCUCUGUGUGGGUCAGAUAUAUUGGACACUCGGGGUUGAGCAAGCAAUCAAAGAGGGACGAGGAGGCCUUGACCAGUUCUUGAAACAACUCAACGCGGAGCUCAAUGAAGUGAUCAAGCUUGUUCGCGGGUCUCUAUCGAAAAUGGCUCGUGCGACGCUGGGAGCUCUUGUCGUCAUCGAUGUUCACGCUCGAGAUGUCGUAGCACAACUUGCGACGGAUGGUCUCAAGGACGCCCUUGAUUUCGAUUGGCUGGCUCAGUUGAGGUAUUACUGGGAGGAAGACACCGUGCGGGUGAAGAUGAUCAACGCUCAUAAGGAGUAUGGCUACGAAUACUUGGGCAACUCUCCAAGACUGGUCAUCACGCCAUUGACCGAUCGAUGUUAUCGGACGCUUUUCGGCGCCCUCCACUUGAAUUUGGGAGGAGCUCCCGAAGGACCCGCUGGGACGGGAAAGACGGAGACAACGAAGGAUUUGGCCAAGGCCUUAGCGAAACAGUGUGUUGUCUUCAACUGUUCCGAUGGCCUGGAUUACCUGGCUAUGGGCAAGUUCUUCAAAGGUCUUGCGGCUUCCGGGGCAUGGGCAUGCUUCGAUGAAUUCAACCGUAUUGAUUUGGAGGUGCUUUCUGUCGUCGCUCAACAAAUCUUGACAAUCCAACGUGCGAUUGCUGCGAAUCUCGCUGAAUUCGUUUUUGAGGGUACAAAGCUAAGUCUCAAGCCAACAUGUGCCGUAUUCAUUACGAUGAACCCUGGUUAUGCGGGUCGGUCAGAGCUUCCGGACAAUCUCAAGGCUCUUUUCCGGACUGUGGCUAUGAUGGUGCCCGACUACACCCUCAUCGGCGAAAUCACGCUGUACUCCUUCGGUUUUAUUGAAGCCAGGAACUUAUCACGUAAGAUUGCGGCGACAUACAGGUUGUGCUCCGAGCAGUUGUCGAGUCAAGAUCAUUACGACUAUGGAAUGCGUGCAGUGAAGAGUGUGCUGACAGCGGCCGGGAAUCUCAAGUUGAAGUAUCCUGACGAAGAUGAGAACAUACUGGUACUCCGGUCGAUCAUUGACGUCAAUCUGCCCAAGUUCUUGUCGCAAGAUAUUGCAUUGUUCAGAGGCAUUGCUUCUGACCUCUUCCCCGGUGUGCGGUUACCAAAGCCAGACUACGCCGUGCUGGAGUCUGCGAUUGAGAUUGCUUGCAAGAAGCUCAAAUUCCAACUCGUUCCGGCCUUUUUGGAGAAGAUCAUUCAGCUUUACGAGAUGAUGCUGGUGCGUCACGGAUUCAUGCUGGUUGGAGAGCCAUUCGGGGGAAAGACGGCCUCGUACCGAGUGCUAGCCGAAGCGCUCACAGCGCUUGGAGGUCAAGAAGGACAGGGAAUCCCCGAUGCUGAAUGGCUGAAGGUACAAUAUAAAGUCAUCAACCCGAAAGCCAUUUCUAUGGGUCAGCUUUACGGACAAUUUGAUCCCGUCUCUCAUGAAUGGACCGACGGUGUCCUUGCGACAAGUUUCCGGAGUUACGCGAAUAGCACCAGUCCUGAUCGCAAGUGGGUGAUCUUUGACGGACCUGUUGAUGCGAUUUGGGUCGAGAACAUGAACACAGUCCUGGACGAUAAUAAGAAGCUCUGUCUUAUGAGUGGAGAGAUCAUUCAGCUGUCCAACACCAUGAGCUUGGUUUUCGAGGUCAUGGAUCUGGCAGUAGCUUCGCCUGCAACGGUCAGUCGAUGUGGAAUGGUAUAUCUGGAGCCGGAACGCAUUGGAUGGAGGCCGCUUCUGAAGUCCUGGCUGGAAGCCAUCACGUUCUUGGGCGAUGUUCACAUUCAAACAAUCGAGCGUCUAUUCGAGACAUUUGUCCCUCCAGCAUUAAGCUGUCUCCGUCGCGAAUGCAAGGAAUUGUCCCCUACCACUGAUAUUGGACUCGUCAAUUCUCUGCUGAGACUGCUGGGCAGCACGUUCGAUAAUAUCAUAGAUCGGGAAGCCACGGUCAACAAUGCGGACCCGAACUUGAAGCGACAGCUCGAAUGCAAGUUCUUAUUCUGCGUCUAUUGGACCAUCGGAGGAAGCGUGGAUCAACAGAGUCAAGCAAAGUUUGACGCCAGCAUCCGAAAAGUUAUUGAGGCGUUGCCAGAGCCGUUAGUACUGGAACUGCCGACAGAGGGAACGCUUUACGAUUACAUGUUCCAAAGCGAAGACGAGGAUCGUUGGGUACCAUGGCUUAGCACAAUAGAGCGGAAACCCAUACCAGCUAACGCGGAGUUCAACGAUAUCCUCAUCCCAACCAAGGAUACUGCUCGUUACAAUUAUUUGAUGGACUUGAUGAUCACUCACGACAUUGGCUUCCUGCUCGUUGGGCCAACCGGAACAGGAAAAUCGAAAUACGUAUCAAACAAACUCUUGACCGGAGUCGCGAAAGAGAAAUAUACGCCGAUGUUUGUGGGCUUCUCCGCGCGUACCAGCGCUGCACAAACGCAAGACUUGGUGAUGUCCAAACUGGACAAGCGAAGAAAGGGGGUCUAUGGGCCUGGGGUCGGAAGGAAGGUUUUGAUCUUCAUUGACGAUCUGAACAUGCCCGCGAAAGAACAAUAUGGUGCUCAGCCUCCGAUAGAACUGUUCAGGCAAUGGCUCGAUCAUGGGAACUGGUAUGAUAAGAAGGACACAUCCAAGAUCGAGUUGGUUGACAUUCAACUUCUCGCGGCUAUGGGCCCACCGGGAGGAGGCCGGAAUGUCAUCACACCGAGAUUCCAGCGUCACUUCAACCAGAUUGUGAUAAAUUCUUUUGAUACCCCUACCAUGGGCCGUAUUUUCAACACAAUCCUGGACUGGCAUUUUGGGCGACUCGAAUUUACCGAGGAAAUCCGAGGUCUCGCAGCAAACGUUGUGGACGCCACAGCAAGCAUAUUCCAAUGGACGGUGCAGAAUCUGCUGCCUACUCCAGCGAAAACGCAUUAUACGUUCAACUUGCGUGAUUUCGCGCGUGUGAUUCAAGGCAUCGUUCUUUCGCGCCCGAACGUCUUCAAGACUCCGGACACGAUUCUCCGAUUAUGGGUCCAUGAAGUAUAUCGCGUAUACUAUGAUCGUUUGGUCACGGACGAUGAUCGCUACAAUAUGUUCAGCUACGUCCUGGAGGUCGUCAAGGACAAAUUUGACAAGGAGCCGGACGAAGUGUUCGCCCAUCUUGCCACGGGACAAGAAGAAAAUGGCAAGAAGAUGCUGAUGGAAGAUGACAUGCGCGGUCUGAUGUUUGGCGAUUUCUUGAGCAAAAGAGUUCCCAACAGUGAUCCCGAUUAUGCCGAGCUGACGGAUUUCGAGAAAAUCCGGGAGACGGUCCAGGCUCAGCUGGAAGAAUACAAUCAGAUCAAGAAGGCCAAACUGAACCUGGUUCUUUUCAGAUUCGCAAUCGAACAUAUUUCGAGAAUAUGCCGCAUCUUGAAGCUUCCUGGUGGAAAUGCGCUUGUCGUCGGUGUCGGAGGCAGUGGCCGACAAAGCUUGUCGAGGCUAGCCGCUUUCAUAUGCCAAUAUGAAUUGUACCAAAUCGAAAUCUCGAAGCAGUAUACGCGAGUCGAGUGGAGAGAAGAUCUGAAAAAGAUGCUUAUCCUUGCGGGGGCGGAUAACAAAAAGACGGUCUUCUUGUUCCCGGAUACCCAGAUCAAAGAGGAGUCAUUCAUCGAGGAUGUUAGCAGUCUGCUGAAUGCCGGCGACGUGCCGAACCUGUUCGCGGCAGACGAACGGCAGAACAUCAUUGAUCGUGUCAUGUCAGAUGCGCAGGAGCAAGACAGGGCAGGUGAUGGAAGCCCCACAGCGCUCUACAACUAUUUCAUUGAGCGUGUGAAGAGCAAUCUCCACAUCGUACUCUGCAUGAGUCCCAUCGGAGAUGCCUUCCGCGCUCGACUGCGUCAGUUCUCUUCGCUUGUGAACUGCUGUACGAUUGACUGGUUCCAGGCAUGGCCGGAUGACGCCUUACAAGCAGUUGCUCGUCAGUUCUUGAGUGAGAUGGAACUCAGCGAUUCUGUUCGGCUUUCGGUGGUUGACAUGUGCAAGCAUUUCCAUCAGAGCUCUAUGGCGCUUUCGACCAAGUACCUCUCGGCUCUGGCCAGGCAUAACUACGUUACGCCGACCAGUUACUUGGAGUUGCUCUACGCCUAUAAAGAUCUGCUUACGGCUAAGAGGGAGGAAAUUUCAGCGGUGAAGCGGCGCUAUGUCGGUGGUUUGGACAAACUUCAAUUCGCCGCCGAGCAGAUUAGUCGGAUGCAAGUCGACUUGACGAAUCUCACCCCUCAAUUGAAGAAGACGUCUGAGGAGACUGUGGAAAUGUUGGAAAAGAUUGCCAAAGAAUCAGUGGAAGUGGAGGCCACCAAGGAAACCGUUUCAGCUGAUGAGGCCAUCGCAGCUUCGAAAGCGGAACAGGCAUCCGCCAUCAAGAGCGAAUGUGAGAAUGAUCUUGCUCAGGCGCUUCCAUUGCUGAACGCAGCAUUAUCGGCUCUCGACACUUUAAAGAAAUCCGACAUCGACCUUGUCAAGUCCAUGAAGAACCCGCCAGAGGGUGUCAAGCUCGUCAUGGAGGCGGUUUGCGUGAUGAAAGAUAUCAAGCCGGACAGGAUCCCGGAUCCGUCGGGAUCAGGUAAAAUGGUCCUUGACUACUGGAAAACAUCUCUCAAGAUCCUCGGGGACCCGAAAUUCCUGGAAGGUCUCAAAGCUUUCGACAAAGACGACAUCCCUGCGCACGUUAUCAAGGCGAUUCGGGCAAAGUACAUACCCAAUCCUGAAUUCAAGCCGGAAAAGGUGCGAAACGCUUCUUCGGCCGCGGAAGGACUUUGUAACUGGAUUAUCGCAAUGGAGGCCUAUGAUCGAGUCGCGAAGGAAGUGGCACCUAAACAAAUCGCUCUCGCGCACGCUGAGGCUGAAUUGGCUGAGACUAUGGCGGGUCUAGCUGAAAAGAGGGCGCAACUCAAAGCGGUCUUGGAUCGGUUGCAAGCACUAAAUGACAAUCUGCAAGCGCUCUCCGAGAAGAAAGAAAGACUCGAAAAGGAGGUGAAGAGUUGUGAGGAGCAACUCGAUCGCGCGCAGAAGCUAUUGGGAGGUCUAGGAGGAGAGAAACAGCGCUGGACGCAAGUCGUUGGCAAUCUUGACCAAGUGCUGUUUAACCUGACUGGCGACGUCUUGAUCUCCGCUGGAGUCAUCGCAUACCUCGGAGCGUUCACAAAGCUGUAUAGACAGGAGUGCAUCAGCGAGUGGAUAUCGACACUCAAGAAGGCCAACAUCCCGUGUUCCGACACGUUCUCCUUGGCGAAAGUUCUUGGUGAUCCCAUUCUGAUCCGCGCUUGGAACAUCGCUGGGUUACCAUCGGACGCAUUCUCCGUGGACAACGGAAUCAUCGUCAAGAAUGCCAGAAGGUGGCCUCUGAUGAUUGACCCACAAGGACAAGCGAACAAAUGGGUCAAGAAUAUGGAGAAGGAGAACAACCUCCAAAUUAUCAAGCUGACAGAUGCUGACUAUGUGAGGAAUCUCGAGAACGCCAUUCAGUUUGGUGCUCCGGUCCUGCUAGAGAACGUUAAAGAAGAGCUGGACCCCGUUCUUGACAGCGUGCUUCAGAAGCAAACCUUCAAAUCGGGAGGCGCCACAUGCAUUCGAUUGGGAGAUGCUGUGAUCGAGUGGUCAGAGAACUUCCGGCUGUAUAUCACGACAAAACUGAGGAAUCCGCAUUACUUACCAGAAGUGGCCGUCAAGGUGUCGCUGCUCAACUUCAUGAUCACCCCGGAAGGUUUGGAAGACCAGUUGCUCGGUAUCGUAGUCACAAAGGAACGGCCAGAGCUCGAAGAAGAAAAGACGCAGCUGAUCUUGCAAGGCGCCGAGAACAAAAAGCGGUUGAAGGAAAUUGAGGAUCGUAUCCUUGAGAUCCUGUCAUCUUCAGAAGGCAAUAUUCUGGAGAACGAGACUGCCAUCGAGGUCCUCUCAUCGUCGAAAGAGCUUUCGAAAGAACUCAACGACAAGCAGAAGAUUGCGGAAGAGACUGAACGCAAAAUCGAUGAGACACGAAACUCCUACCGCCCCAUCGCCAACCACUCGGCAGCCCUCUACUUCUGCAUCGCUGACCUGGCCAAUAUCGAUCCAAUGUACCAAUACUCGCUCACGUGGUUCAUAGACCUGUUCAUCAACGGCAUCGCGCUUUCGCCAAAGUCCGGGGUCUUGAAACGUCGUUUGAAGAAUCUCGAGUCGUACUUCACCUACUCACUCUACCUUAACGUCUGCCGGUCUUUAUUCGAGAAGGACAAGCUGUUGUUCUCAUUCCUGCUGUGUUCCGUCAUCCUGAAGAACCGAAAGGAGUUGGAUGAUGCAGAGUUCCAGCAUCUAUUGACAGGGGGAAUCAGCGUCGGAUCGCCGGCUAUGGCAAACCCCGACCCGUCUCUUUUGUCCGAAAAAGCUUGGUCGGAACUGUACCGUAUGUCGGAUUUGCCGGCAUUCACGGGAUUGCGAGACGAGUUCUCUGGCGCGGAAUGGAAGAUCUGGGUCGAGAGCAGCGAUCCUCAAGAUCUUCCUCUACCUGGCAAAUGGGCGUCUGCCAACGAGUUCCAGAGGACGUUGGUGGUCAGGGCAUUGCGGCCAGAACGCAUCGUCCCUGCAGUCCAGGAGUUUGUGAAAGUCAAACUGGGACAAAAGUUCAUUGAGCCGCCAACCUUCGACUUGGCGGGAAGUUUCGAAGAUUCGAAUCAUCGCUCUGCAUUGAUUUUCGUGCUUUCGCCGGGUGUUGACCCAAUGGCACAGUUGCUCAAAUUUGCAGAAGACAAGGGGUACAGCGGCUCAAAAUGCCAAUCUAUAUCCCUCGGUCAAGGCCAGGGUCCGAUCGCAGCUUCCAUGGUCAGAGAAGCGCAAAAAGCCGGAACUUGGGUCGUACUGCAGAACUGUCACUUGGCAGUCAGCUGGCUUCCAGCUCUCGAGAAGAUCGUGGACGACAUGAGCACUGAGGCUGUCACUGUCCACAAAGACUUUCGCUUGUGGCUGACAUCUUAUCCGAGCCCCAAGUUCCCAGCUAGUAUCUUGCAGGGAGGGGUCAAGAUGACGAAUGAGCCGCCCAAGGGAUUGAAAGCGAAUUUGUUGAAAAGCUUCUUGGGAGACUUGAUCAGCGAUGAGAAGUUCUUCAAUGCCUGCAACAAACCGAAUGAGUGGGAGAAGCUACUAUUCGGAUUGUGCACCUUCCAUGCGGUUGUUCAAGAAAGGAGGAACUUCGGACCGCUUGGAUGGAAUAUCCCGUAUGAGUUCAACGAGUCUGAUCUUCGUAUCAGCAUGCGUCAAUUGCAAAUGUUCUUGAACGAGUACAACGAAGUGCCAUUCAAAGCGAUCGCAUACCUCACAGGAGAGUGCAAUUACGGCGGAAGAGUCACGGAUGACUGGGACCGUCGAACACUCAUGAAUCUUCUGACGACAUUCUACACUCCCUCGAUUGUGGAAGACCCGAACUACAAAUUCUCUGCGUCGGGAGUUUACUACGCGCCUCCGAAGGGCAAGUACGAGAACUACCUGGAAUACAUCCGAUCAUUACCGCUAAACCAGAAUCCGGAGAUCUUCGGUAUCCACGAAAACGGAGAUAUCGCACGACAACUGGCCGAGACGAGAAGCCUAUUUGAGAGUGUGCUGUCUACACAGGAGCGCAGCGUUGGUGGUGGCGCGGGCCUGAAGACCAGCGAUGAGAUCCUUGUGGAAGUGGCAACGGACAUCCUGUCUCGCAUUCCAGCGACGUUCAACAUCGAGGAGGCUGCGCGGAAGUUCCCCGUCAGCUACGAGGAGAGCAUGAACACAGUGCUGAUCCAAGAAAUGAUUCGCUUCAAUCGCCUGAUUCAGGUCGUUUUGGUCAGUUUGGUCAACGUGCAAAAGGCCAUUCGUGGCUUAGUAGUCAUGAGCGCAGAACUGGAAGAAGUGUGCAAAAGCAUUCUGACGGGCAGAUUACCCGCGAUGUGGGCCUCUAAGAGUUACCCGAGUCUCAAGCCAUUGGGAGGAUACGUCAAUGACCUGGUCGCCAGAAUUGCAUUCUUCAAGAACUGGCUUGACACUGGAAACCCGAAAGUCUUCUGGAUGAGUGGAUUCUUCUUCACUCAGUCCUUCAUCACUGCGACCCUACAGAACUACGCUCGGCGCUACACCAUCCCAAUUGAUGAGCUGGGGCUAAACUUUGAAGUUCUGAAGAUUAACGCAUCAGAAGUGACGGAAGCACCACAAGACGGCGUAUACGUGACGGGCCUGUACUUGGAAGGAGCGCGAUGGAAUUCAGAUGCGGGCGUGAUUGCUGAAUCCCAUCCCAAGGUUCUCUACGAUCUUCUACCGGUGAUUUGGUUCAAACCAUGCAAGAUAUCAGAGCGGGCGACGACGCCUUCAUACGUGUGUCCCAUUUACAAGACAAGCGCGCGGAGAGGUGUUCUUUCCACAACGGGACACUCGACGAACUUCGUGAUUGCCAUCAGGCUGCCCAGCGAUAGGCCUGAGAAGCACUGGAUAAUGCGGGGAGUCGCUACACUGCUCCAAUUGGACGAUUGAACGAUAGAGUUAUCGUCAUGGGCUCAUGUAUAUAUAUCCUGCUUUCUAUGGUUCAAAAAGCCAGGAAGACUGCAACUGUGUCAUAUAGCGAUUGUGCGUAUUUGUGAGCGUCAACAUAUAAAAGGCCUGUCUUUGGCAUAGCGCAUACCCCUUGCACAUGCAUACUGGUC